CUGUGUUAAUUGGUUUAUGUGUAAAAUAAAGUAACUUGAAAAACUCCUCAAUUAUGUACAUAAGCAAACAUAUAAAGAACUAAAUUGGGUUGUGUCUGCUAGCUGUCAAUUACGUUGGGUUUCACUUCCUGCACUCUGUAGCUUUUAAUAACUUCAUCGCACAUAUGUAUGUAGCGCUUCUAUUGGGAAUAAUUUCCUGUCUGACAACGAGUUGUCAGUAGCCUCAUUGUGCACCCGCUUCUGAUAGUGUAUCAAAAACAGGAUAUCUGUUGUUUUUAAAUAAAAUCUCCUGGCAUAAGUGGAGGUUUAGUCAUCAUGUCAUACCCCAGUGGAGGGACUGAUUCUGCAUUAAUAGUUUCCUCCAUCAAGGAUAAGAAAGCAAAUCUGGAGAGCUGUUUGGAAGGUGGUUUUCAGAACACUCAAGAGAAAACCAAACCUGUCUCAAAAACGAAGUCCCUGGAGCCUAGAGCAGGACCCAUGCUUCCUAAACUUCUACUGCAGAAGCCCUCUUUGAAUGCCAUUGUGCUUCCUAAAUCACCACUUGCAGCAUCCAAGCCCCUGUUGUUUGCAGGAAAAUCAAAAAGUGAGAGGGAUGCGGCCGAUAACCACCCCAGCACCCUUAAACUCACCCCCGGCUCCAAAAUGAAGACGUUAGCUGCGGUAACCAAGGCCCAGAUGCAAGAGGCGGGAGCUCAGAACACCUUCAAACUGGACAGAAAAGAUACCGACAGUGAAAGUAGCAGGAACAGCAAACAGACAACCGCGGUGCCCCUUGUGUCAGGUCUCCCAAAUCCCCCAUUUACCAAGAAACCCAGUUUAAUAGCACAGAUGACCAGCCUGUCUGAAAAAGCCCUUGAGCCUGAUGUCCAGGGGCCUGUGGAUGACCCCUCUCCCCCUCCCAAAAAACUCCUACCAGCCAUCUAUGCUUUGGGCAAGCCUCCCCCAAAACCAAACAGACCCCCAAGGGUGCAGCUGGAAAAGUUCACAAAGGUCAAAGGGUCGGAGAGUGAUGACCCUCAGCUGAAAUGGACUGGUCGUGUUCCUCCAAACCUUCCCUCCAGCCUUCCUAAAAUGCCCCCCUUGCCCUCGCUGACACCCGGCUUCCCUUCUCAGGCUCCUGCAAUGAGAUCUAAUCCCGAAGAAGAAUGCAGCUACGAUGAUGUUGGGGUCGUGGAGCUCCCACCCUACCCACCCUCUGCAGGAUGUCCCAGAACAGAACAUGAGAAUGGAGACACUGAUGAAGUGUAUGAGGAUAUCGAAACAAUAAGACCGCCCCCUCUUUUCGAUGAAGCUGAAAGUAAUGAAUUAUAUGAUAAUGUUGACACCCCAGAUUUUCCUCCACCUCUGCCCAUCAUCAGUCCCCAGCUGAGGAAGUCCAAGGGCAAACAAGAAGAAAGGGAUCCGAAGAGGCAGAAGAAGCUGGAGAAGGAAGAGAAGGACUUCAGGAAAAAAUUUAAAUUUGAAGGCAUGAUCCAAGUGCUCUACCAGGUGUCUGUUAUUCCUGUGUUGACGUGUAAGAAAUGGGGAAAUAAGGACCUCCCGCUUCAGCCGGGGGAGACCAUUGAUGUCAUUGUGAAACCUGUGGACGACAAGCUCAUUGGUCGCAACCAGGAAGGGAAGUUUGGCUAUAUAUCAACGAGCAACAUUGUACCAAUGAAUAAUGAGAUUUAUGAUGACGUUACCGAAGGUUGCAUCUAUGACAACGACUGA